AGUGUGUGUGACUGUGUGUGAGCGUGUGUGUGUAGCAGCCAGUGCACAGUGAGCAAGCAAAGCAGCCGAGUAAGCAUUUCUCCCAACUUGAAAGCCUAAUUUGUGUCUUUCUUUUCUUGCUCCGUAUAUGCGUGAGGUUGUGUAGUUGUUGUACCGCUGUGUGUGUGAGAGAGAGAGUGUGUGUGUGUGUGUGAGAGAGAGAGAGUGUGUGUGUGUGCGUGUGUGUGUGUGUGUGUGUGUGAGUGUGUGUGUGUGUGAGCGCCAGCCCGCAUGAGUGAACGCCUCGACUCCAUACAUCGCCGUCAUCGAGCUGCCGGGAGAAGCUCUUUGACACCGGAGAAGAUACUCCAUAUUUGUUUUUAAGGACACAUUCUCGCGCUGGAUUUACGGAGAAGAAGCGAGCAUCCCGACGUUCUUGUGGUACCAGGGAGCACGUGACCCCGGAGAUGAACAAGCUUCGUCAGAGUCUGAGGAGGAAGAAGCCCACCUAUGUGCCCGAGGCCAGCAGACCGCAUCAGUGGCAGGCGGACGAGGAGGCAGUACGCAAGGGCAAAUGUAACUUCUCUGUACGGUACCUGGGCUUGGUGGAGGUGGAGGAGUCCAGGGGCAUGCACGUGUGCGAGGAGGCAGUGAAGAAGCUGAAAGUUAGCGGGAAAAAGACAGUGAAGGCGGUUUUGUGGGUUUCAGCAGAUGGACUCCGAGUGGUCGAUGAUAAAACAAAGGACCUCAUUGUGGACCAGACCAUAGAGAAGGUGUCCUUUUGCGCUCCUGAUCGAAACUAUGACAAGGCUUUCUCCUAUAUCUGCCGAGACGGGACCACCAGACGCUGGAUGUGCCACUGCUUCAUGGCUCUUAAAGACUCGGGAGAGAGACUGAGCCACGCGGUCGGCUGUGCCUUCGCCGCCUGUUUGGAGAGGAAACAGCGCAGGGAGAAGGAGUGUGGUGUGACGGCAUCUUUCGACGCUACUCGGACGUCGUUCGUACGCGAGGGCUCUUUCCGCACUAACUCUGCCUGCAACCAGCCAGGGAGCAGCAGUGAACAUGAUGAGAAAUCACAGGAGAAAAUUAAAGACCAGCCUUCAGUUCAUGCUGCCCUGCCCCCUGGUACUGCUUCCCCGCCCGAGGGUGCAGCAUCCCCGAUGGAACGGCCGGAACCCGGUGGGCCUCACGCCAUCCCCCGCCGCCAUGCGCCAAUCGAGCAACUGGUACGUCAAGGAUCAUUCCGAGGAUUCCCAGCUCUCAGUCAGAAAAACUCCCCCUUCAAGAGGCAGCUGUCACUACGCCUCAAUGACCUGCCAUCCACACUGCAACGCAAAACUGACUUUGAGACCAAGAACCCGGUACUGGAGAUGGACAUGUGCUUGCCAGGGGAAGGAGACAUCAAUGCCCUGUGUUGUCAGAUCAACGCCUCCUUCACCAAGCCUUCUGAGGAUCCUUUCUCCAACCCCUGUUCAUCUACUGGUGGCCUGCCAACCAGCGUUGUGCCCGCAGCUUUGCCCCCACCACCGGGACCAAUGCAGGCUACACCAUCUUGGGUUCAGCCGGAUCCUCCGCUCCACUCUCCUCCUGCUGUCUCCGUGGUGAUGCCGAGUGGACACAAACGUACGCCGUCCGAGGCUGAAAGAUGGUUGGAAGAAGUUUCCAAGGCAGUCAAGGCUCAGCAGACGCCCCCGCCGGGCCCCACCAUCCCCGCCAUCCCGGGGCCACCGUCUGCAUCCAGUCAGGCCUCUGUGUCCAUCAAACCCCUCAUAGCGGGCCCCUCAGCUCCUUCCCCAAUGUGUCUCCCACCCAUUUCCAUAUCAUCGGUCCCCCUGAUACCCGGUCCUCCAAUUUCUAGCCCUCCUAUGUCUUUGCCUUCUAUGUCUAUCCCUACAAUGUCUGGUCCGAGUAUGUCAGGAGCCCCGAUGAUGCAGCCCUCCCUUCCUGGGCACCGAGGCUCCAUCCCCAGCUCCAUGCAGCCUUUUCCUUUGGCCUUCGAUGCCACUGCAGCUCCUGUCGGGAUCUACCCUAGUCAGCCUGUCCAACCGACGUUUGUUCCCAUGCAAACGUACAUCCCAGGCUUGGCCAGCAGUAUGACCUACCCUAAUGUUAGCGUACCCGUGGUGGGAAUCACUCCAUCGCAAAUGGUGGCCAAUGUCUUCUGCACGGCUUCAGGCUCUUCCAGCACUGGAGGUGCUAUUGGCUCUGGCGUCGGAGGGCCUAAAGUGGGCACCCACCAUUCUUACUCAGGAGCACCUUGUGCAGUUGGUAACACGGGCGGGUUUUGCACACCAUUCUCCUCUACUCCUCCCCUUUCAACAGCCAUAAAUGGUCUCCCACCACACAGCGGCACCACCGCAGCCCUACCCAAUGGAACCUCUAGCAGUACCAGUAGUUGGCCACCGGAGGGCAGCCACCUGACCGCCCCUGUGGCCGGUAAUCCCAAAGAUGACGACCGUUUCGAGGCCAAGUGGGCUGCGCUUGAGACCAAACCAGCAGCCCAGGCACCUGGAAGCAAGACUCCGGCAGCAGCAGCAGCCAACCCGUUUUCGAACAACCUGCAAAAGACUUUUGAGAUUGAGCUCUAAGUGAGGGCUCUGCAGUUACAAAGGAGAACCAGCCUAGCAGCCCCCUAAGAGCUCUCAAUGAAGUCUCUACAUCAGAAUGAUAUUCCUUUCUUUACGGAUUGCUGGGUUGCCCUUUGGAAGACGUCUCUAAAAAACAUCAUGUGAUGAUGAAAAUCUCGCCGCCUCUUUCCUGCUUUCAUAUCUGCACUCCGUCUUUACUUUCUUUACCAGCUGCAAGUCCCUUGACUUCUGACGAGUGUUGUUACUUGGCAACACGGUCAAUAGUUACUUUCUUUAAAAGGUGACUCGGUUACAUUCCAAUCUCACGGACUGAUUGUGGCAGUAUUUGUUCUGGAAAGAAGCAAAGAAAAUGAAGCAUUCUUGGAUGGACUGAACACCAGAUUGUAUGUUCCCUAAAGGACUCGCUUAUUAUUAGUAGGGGUUUGUUGCCAAAAUUAUUUUAUUUAUUGUACUUUAUUUUGAUGUUAUAUUUACUUAAAGUCUCUAAAGGGAGUCAAUAAGAUAUUUUUUAUCACAUAUUUAUUUCAGUUGAACGAGCAGGAAAAAAGAGGUCCAUACAGUGGAACCCGUUUAAGUCCACCCCGUUUAUGUCCUCAACUCGUCCACAUACAUAGACAAUUGGGCUGUUUUUGUCCCGAAUUUCCCCCUUCCGACCAAAGACCGCAAACACCCGAUCAUCUCGUGUCUUACAAGAUCGUCCUAGAAGAUUUUCCUGUGGUCUGAUGUGCGUUAAGAGUACAUUCGUCCCCGAUAAUUGGCUCCAAAAACAGGUCAGACCCUGAGGGGAAUACCGAUGCUUUACGAGUCAUGGAUCCGUGAACUGUGACGUGGUAUAGGAAGAGGAUAAUCAAGUGGUUACUUUUCUGAGAUCGAAUUUACCUAGAUUUAAAGUCUGUGUUAAAUCUUUUUUCCUAAUCUUUUUUUAGUUUGGGAAUUUCAUUUCAAAAAUAUUGUCCCAAGAUCAACAUCCUUCCAUUCUCUCGUACGUCCUCUGCUAUGUUGCCUGUUUGUUCUGCCUUUGCUACUGCGAGUUUUGGUAGCGACCAAUACAAAGUAAAUACGGAGUUAUUUUAAAAUAUAAACAAAACCUCUAAAAUGAUUGCAAUAAGGCAAAGAUAUUUGUGAAAAUUACAUCAGUCAGGCAGGAAGAGGGCAAAUUGUGCCUGAAUGAGCAGCAGAGACAUAAAGAGAGAGAUGUGCUGCGUUUGGACUGACAGACUAGAACAGGGGUGUCAAACGUACGGCCCGCGAACAGGUUUUAUCCGGCCUGUGGGAUGAGUUUUUAAAGUAUAAAAAAGAGACCAAAUAUUUGAAUGAAAGAAACUGCUGUUCUAAAUGUGUCCACUAGAUGUCACAAUAGCAAUUAUUUGUAUCUUUGUAGAUGAUGCUACAUAUGUAAAAAAUAAAACACAUGAUUUUAGUGCACCAGUCGAGGAAAAUGAGCAAACCACAUAAACAACAUCCUGUAAUUUGAUUUUGAUAUAAAUUUUUUUAUCCUAAUAGAUUGAAUAUUAACACCAGUGAUUAAACAUUAUCACAUAAUCUAUUUAGAAAGUAUAAAUAACGACAAAAAAGGUAGAAUACUAUUAACAGCAACAUGUAAGUGUAAACAAACGAAAAAACAAAACAUUGUGAUUUGUACAUUUCAGAAUGUGCUGUUCUAUUUUUAAACAAAGAAAACAAUCUGAAAUUGUCUUUAUUUUUAAGUUAUCGUGCUGUGAUUUUACCAGUCCGGGCAAACUUGGGAGUAGAUUUUUCUCCAUGUGGCCCUUGAUCUAAAACGAGUUUGACACCCCUGGACUAGACAGAGGAGACGCAUAUUAAUAACGAAAGGAAAAUGGAGUAAUUUGCUGGAUCUAAAGAAAAAGACAAUCUGCAACAAAAGUAUCAAAGAAAACUUCACUGUGUUAUCAAUAUUUGGAUCAAUACGAUCAAUAGAUUAUGUUUGCUCACGCAAAAUUACGUCUUGUAGGACUUCAAUCUGGUAACGUGUGCGCGUGUGUUGAUUUUAUCAUGUCACACCACACACAGGAAGAUCAACAUUGCUUAAUGCAUGAAGAUUUAAAAUAUUUUCGUGUGUACCAGCCUUGAGGCAACCAACUCCACAAGUCCUGAUCCAUCGUGUUCUUCGGACUAAAAAGCGUGCCACAUACAUGAUCGACAUACAUGACAUAACAUUUCAGACCCCGAGGGAACAUUUCUAUGAAAAUAAUCCAUUUAUGUCAACUUCUAUCAUUAUCGCUUGAGUCGUUUCCUGCAAAAGCAGAUUUGUGGUCAAUAAAAAACAAGUAACUGGAAGAAAAGAAAACAGGCAACAGGCAAGGAACCUUAAAGCCUCCAGAUAAGACAUAAGGUUAUUUUUUCUUUGGCUUCUCAGUCAUUCUUUCCUCCUCCUUUUCAAAAUGCAUUUUCCGGACUAUUAAGUGCACCAGUAUGUAAGCUGCAACCACUAAAUCUUGGAAGAAAAAAAAAAAGUUAAUGUAUUAGCCGCACCGGACUAUAAGCUGCAGAUAGUACAUCAGGAAAUGAGUUAACACAGAAAGAUUUUAUAAAUUUUCAUUUACACACUGUCAGACUCAAACACUGAUGACAUCUAUUAAACAAGACAAGAAGCAAGGAAUUAAACAGAGACAGAAUUAAAUUUGCCUCAAUUGAGGAGAGUGCGUCUGGGCUGUACUCUUGUACAGUCUCCAUCACGCUCUGGCGAAAGAUUGUACGCCUCAUAUUUUAUUUGGACUUUCCCUGAUUACAUGGCAACAGCUGUUUCUAAGGGAGGGGGUGGUAAACAGCCAUCGCCUUUGGUUACAGAACAGUUCAAAGAAAAGGUCGCCUGGAGGGGAGUCUGGUCCUGCUUCCUCUCAGCUUUGUAGUUCUUGGUUCAAGAACAAUACAUCAAAGAAACAGAACACCUUCAUGUUGCUUCCCAUCCUACACACUGGAGUUUUACAAACCUUUUGCUCGGUAGGCUCAAAGACAGCUUUUGUCCUCUCGCCGGGAACUCAUGGCGACACAAAGUUUUGUGAUAACUUAGACACAAUACCUUAAUUGUUUCCUAACGGUGCCUGUAACACAGCAGUAAAACGGCAAGUCAUAAAAAACAUAAGUCAUAGUCAUGGACUCCAAUCAGCUAAAUGGACUCAAUAAACUCCAUGUUGAUGUUUUGGUGAGUUUACCGAGGAAUUUCUGAAACUGACACAAUACAAAAACAACGCCAUUGGAAGUUAGUAAUACUAACACAGACACUCGUAAAUGUGAUAACAUAUAGAUGGAUGUAUGGAUGUAUGGAUAGUACUUUAUUAAUUCCUUCAGGAGAGUUCCCUUAGAAAAAUUAAAAAUAUAAGGUAAUGCUAAUGACGCUAGCUUGAUUACAUUACGAUAGCACGUACAAAUAUGCAUAAAAACAGACAUCACACAUGGGAUGGUUUAGUAAGCAUGAAUAGUUUUAGUUAUAUUGUAAAACUUGCAAACAAUGAAGAAUUCAUAUGAGUAAAAACGUUAUGGAGGACUAAAAGACAGAACAGCACUUGUACUACCAGUUCAAAGCCCUGGAGACUUUCACACCGCAGCACCUGCAGUGAGCAAACUCGUCUAAAAGAUGGCGCCUUAGCACAGACAAUAACACACCAUUUUAGUGUACUUGAUGCUUGUUUUGUUUUUAUGUACUUGUAUUAUCUUUUAUAAGCUGCAGGGUUCCAAGCGUUGGGGAAAAAAAGUGUCUUAUAGUCCGAAAGUUAGUCUGAAUAGUUUUAGUUUUAUUGUAAAAUUUGCAAACCAUGAAGAAUUCUAAUGAGUAGGAACGUUAUGGAGGACUAAAAGACAGAACAGCACUUGUACUACCAGUUUAGAGCCCUGGAGACGUUCACACCGCAGCACCUGCAGUGAGCGAACUCGUCUAAAAGAUGGCGCCUUAGCACAAACAAUAACACACCAUUUUAGUGUACUUGAUGCUUGUUUUGUUUUUAUCUAUUUGUAUUAUCUUUUAUAAGCUGCAGGGUUCCAAGCGUGGGGGAAAAAAGCGUCUUAUAGUCCGAAAUUUAGUAUGAAUAGUUUUAGGUGUAUUGUAAAACUUGCAAACCAUGAAGAAUUCUAAUGAGUAGAAACGUUAUGGAGGACUAAAAGACAGAACAGCACUUGUACUACCAGUUUAAAGCGCUGGAGACGUUCACACUGCAGCACCUGCAGUGAGCGAACCCGUCUAAAAGAUGGCGCCUUAGCACAAACAAUAACACACCAUUUUAGUGUACUUGAUGCUUGCUUUGUUUUUAUCUACUUGUAUUAUCUUUUAUAAGCUGCAGGGUUCCAAGCGUAGGGAAAAAAAGCGUCUUAUAGUCCGAAAUUUAGUAUGAAUAGUUUUAGUUAUAUUGUAAAAGUUGCAAACAAUGAAGAAUUCAUAUGAGUAGAAACGUUACGGACGACUUAAAGACAGAACAGCACUUGUACUACCAGUUUAAAGCCCUGGAGACGUUCACACCGCAGCACCUGCAUUGAGCGAACUCGUCUAAAAGAUGGCGUCUUAGCACAAACAAUAACACCAUUUUAGUGUACUUGAUGCUUGUUAUGUUUUUAUCUACUUGUAUUAUCUUUUAUAAGCUGCAGGGUUCCAAGCGUAGGGAAAAAAGCGUGUUAUAGUCCAAAAUUUCAGGUAUUUAAAUGGAGGAAAACAAAGCUACUGUAUAUUUAAUCAAGCGAGCAAUGGCUACUACGUCCGCAUGAAAACGCCAGCUCCAGGGGCGGCGGCUUAAACGGGUUCCACUGUAGUAUGUGGAUAUAGAGUAGAGGGAGUUGAAGUGGGAAAAUGUAGUCAUGAACCAAAUAGGGAGGACACAUAUGGUGAUGCCUGACAAGUGUAUAUAAAGGCAUGCUGCUUCCGCGCAUCGUCGCUUCUCCGUUCCAACCAACACAACUUGUGACUUUCUGAGUAUCCCACACCGACACCACAUUCCAGAAUACCCGAGGACUACAAAGUAUGACACACAACCUUCCAAGUGCAGGACAGGCAGGAUUGAGUGGAGGACAAGUGGUAGGCCGCUACACAAGAACAGAAACAUGAUGAUGGAUGGAGACGUGCCAGUGGAAGAAUGAGUGAAGGAUCCACAGUAUGUGAUAGAGGACAAGAAUGAAGCGAGUCAUUGAAAAUAAUUGAGUGCUAACAUGAUGAAAAAGAGUUUUGAAGGGGAAAAAAGUGAUUGUGGAAACGCCACAGAACUGCCAGUUUUUUGUCAUUUCAGUCGCAGAAUCACUUACUCUUUCAACAUUUACAGUCUUAUAUCUGAUGUACAGUAGAACCCGUUUAAGCCAACCAACUCAUCAAGUCCUGGUCCAUCUUGGUCUUCUAAUUAUGUAAGUCACUUUACUCAGUGAGGUGGCGACUUGUCCAGGGUGUACGCCGCCUUCCGCCCGAUUGUAGCUGAGGUAGGCGCCAGCGCCCCCCGCGACCCCGAAAGGGAAUAAGCGGUAGAAAAUGGAUGGAUGGACUUUACUCAGUGUUUCAUCACGGCGCCAUCUACUGGAUUCAAAAUGUCUUUACAUGUGACCAGUAAAAAAAAAACAUAUGUAUAUAUAUGUAUAUAUGUAUAUAUAUAUAUCUAUAUA